AUGUGUGAAGGGAGUCGAUCUCGAGGAAGACCAUCAGGAACUCGGCGGAGAGGCUUUGAGUUCAAGGCCAAGGUGUCCAAACUCAUGGACAUCAUCAUGAAAUUACUCUACAGAAACAAGGACAUCUUCCGGAGGGAGCUCAUAUCUGGUGCAUCUGAUAUUAGGUUCCUUGCCCUCACUGAUAAGGAUGUUUUCGGUGAAGGUGAUGUUGUUAAUCUUGAAAUCCAGAACAAGUUGGAUAGGGAGGAAAAGAUUCUCUCCAUUCGAGAUAGGGGUGUUGGUAUGGCAAAGGAAGAUCUGAUUAAGAACCCUGAAACCGUUGCAAAAUCUGGAACUUCAGCUUCCGUGGGAAAGAUGCAGACUGGAGGUGACCUCAAUCUCAUUGGGCAGUUUGUUGUUGCUUUCUACUCAGUAUACUUGGUUGCUUAG